CCUAAAGUUAAUUCUUUAAGUAUUCAUAACCAUCAUCUUAGUAAUGAUGGAGGCAUAGUUUUAGCAGAUUUUCUUCACAAAAACAAAACAUUGACUUCUUUAAAGCUUUAUGGAAGACCAUUCACUAAUACUACUGGAUUAGGAGGAUAUUUGCGUGACAUAAGGCUAUCCAUCUGUAAAUUGACCGCCAAAGAUCUAAGCCACAUAAGUAAAGGCAAAGAUGAAACAUUCAUGAAGAACUUCAGAUAA